AAGUUAUGAGAAGCGCUUCUUGCGGGGAAGGAAAGACAGCCCCCCAAGGUUGACCAGGAAGACCAUUAAUUGCUCUCAAGCCGACUUCUAAGAGGCGCCGGGGGCGUCUGCACUGCAGAAUUAACCCACUUGAUCCCGUUUUUAAACACCUUGGCUCAGUACUAUCGAGUCAUGGGUGUUGUCGUUUCUCAAGGCCCUUGUGACCAGGAAGGGCGUUGAUUGGUGUCAAACCGACUUCUAAGAGGCCCAGGGGGUAUCUGCACUGCAGAAUUAACCCACUUUGAUUCUGCUUUUAACCACCUUGGUGCAGUGCUAUCGAGUCUUGGGUGUUGUCGUUUCUUAAGGCCUUUAUGACCAGGAAGGGCGUUAAAUGCUGUCAAACCGUCUUCUAAGAGGCCCAUGAGGCAUCUGCACUGCAGAAUUAACCCACUUUGAUCCCACUUUUAACCAUUGUGGCAAAUGCUAUCGAGUCUUGGGUGUUGUCGUUUCCCAAGGCCUUUAGCUUUUUCUGCUGGGCUUCAAGCUACAACUCUCAUUAUUCCUUGGUAUUUAAAAGUGAUGCCAAACUGGGUUAAUUCUACAGUGUAGAGCCAGUAGGCUGUUAGGAAUUGUGGGAGUUGAAGUCCAAAACACCCGAGGGCCCAAGUUUGCCCAUGCCUGGUAUAGAGGUACCCUCUGCUAUGGCAUUCUUAGCAGAGUCUAUGUCGUGAUGCAGUGGUUUUCAAUGUUAUUUCACAACUCUUUCCUACUCAAACCAACCAACCGCUUGAACUUGAAGGGCUUGAAUCGAACCCUGUCUCCUUUUAGAUAUUAAUCAGGACUUGUGUUUAAUUAAUUUUUGUUACAUCAUCCAGAAAUGGUUGGUCACCCAUCUUUGGUGAUCAACAGAUAUAUUGGUAACUCAACAUAAGGUUGUUUUCUUUUAAGCAAGAUGGUAGGAAAACCGUCAGUGUGUCUUUUACUGUUGCUUCUUACGGAUGCUAGAAAAAACUUAAUCUGCCUCAAAUCUAUAACCAGAAUGGAGAAUCAAGGGCCUUUGAUUCUGGUCUUCCAAAACGCGAAUUCUCUGCUUGUGCCCCCAUCUUGUCCGUGAACCCUUCCAUGCAGAGAAGUCCACCAGGGAUGAAAAUGGAGGAGACACGCCAAGUCGACCCCAAACCAGUAGAAGGAUUGGAAGGGGCCAGAAAGUCUCCACAUGCCAUCGAGAGGAGCUGCAUCCGUGAAUUCCUCCAUAAGAUGCCGGUGCCGCAGAUUAAAGAGGAGGCUGAUGAAGGUCUCAUUCAGCGCUGGGAGGUCCAGUGGCAAGAGUUCCUGAAGGAAGUGGAGUCUCCUUGCUCAGGCUGGGGGCUCCCACCGUUGCCGGAGGAGCCUGCCCCAUGGGAUGACGCCAAGGCCUUCCUGGCCUCCUUCGAGCAAGUGGCUGAGGCCUGCCGGUGGCCCAGGGAGGAGUGGGUCACCCGGCUCCUUCCGGCCCUCCGCGGAGAAGCACAACAGGCUUUCAACCGGCUGGAAGCUCGAGACAGAAAGGAUUAUGGGAGAGUAAAGGUGGCCAUCUUGCGGGGGGCUGCCCUCAACAGGGAGAAAAGGCGCCAGCAUUUCAGGCACUUCUGUUACCAGGAGGCCGAGGGUCCCAGAGGGGCUUACGGUCGACUCCAGGAUCUUUGCCGCCGGUGGCUGAAGGUGGAGAAGCACACGAAAGAGCAGAUCUUGGAGCUGCUGAUCCUGGAGCAGUUCCUGACCGUCUUGCCUCCCGAGAUCCAGAGCUGGGUCAGGGAACGAGGCCCCGAGACCUGCGCCCAGGCAGUGGCCUUGGCUGAGAACUUCCUGCAGGUCCAGAGAGAGGUACAGCGACAGAAAACUCAGAUCACACCAGCCUUUGAGGAAGUGGCUUUGAGAUUCUGUGACCCUGAAGCUGCUCCAUCUGCUCCCACCGGUUACAGGCAGCUACCCAAGGAGACCAAGCAAGAGGAGGGCAGUGGCGAGGCCAUCUUGAUGGGUGCUAAAGGGUGGAUGACUAUAGCGGAAGGAGAAGAAUUUCCACCAGAAGCUUCUGAGCAAUUGGCACCCCACGGGCCAACCGUUUGGCGAUCAGCAGAGAAUCCCCCCCAGUUUUGUGAGCAGAGAGCCAUUCUAGGGAGUCACCUGGAGCUCAGCUCAGGGCAAGAAGUAGCUCUAUCUGUCCCGUUGGGGGGACCGUUGCAGGACUUGAAGGAAGAUGUGUUCCAGCGGAGGAUGUACCCUGGUAAGAGACCGAGUAUCUACGGUGUGCUUAGGAAAAAGUUUGGUCAGAGCCCGAGCCUCAUUAAACAUGAGAGCGUCUACUCAGGAGAAAAGCCCUUUAAAUGCUUGGACUGUGGAAAACGAUUCAGUCAGAAAUUCCAGCUCCUUGGGCACCAUAAAAGGUGUGAAAGUGAGAGGCCCCACAAGUGCCCCACUUGCGGGAAGCGCUUCUCUCGCAACUCCUACCUUAAUACUCACCAGAGAAUCCACACUGGGGAGAGGCCCUACGAGUGCCUGCGCUGCGGGAAAAGCUUCAGCCAGAAAGCGAACCUUAACACUCACCGCAGAAUCCAUACGGGGGAGAGGCCGCACGAGUGUCCCGUGUGCGGGAAGAGGUUCUCUCGCAACACGUGCCUUAACAGACACCAAAGAAUCCACACGGCACGCUAGCCCUAUGGAGGCUUGGACGAUGGUGGUGGUGGAGGAGGAGGAGAAGGAGCUGCUUCUUGUAGAAAAUCAGUAUCACCCAUCAUUCUGGCCCACGGAUGCCCUUUAGUCAGAAAUGUCAUGUUUUAAGGCACUGUAAAAUGCAGGAGCAUUCAGUCACUCACACAAUAAAGAAUGUCCUCCAUUCCUGCCA